GACGAGCCGCGCCGAGCGGACGGCGAGGGCGCCGGUGUCGGUCCGGAGACUAUGGACAAGUACCAGAUUUUGAAUCAAUUGAGUCCUGGAGCCUUGGGAGUGAAUCUGGUGGUGGAGGAAAUAGAAACUAAUGAGAAGCUCUUGAUAAAACAGGUGGAAUGCAUCGAUGAACAUCAUGCCAACGAGGCUCUGGAGGAGCUGAUGCCUCUACUGAAGCUCCAGCAUGCCCACAUCUCCGUGUACCAGGAGCUCUUCAUCAUGUGGAACAGAAAGAUCUCCUCUCUGUUCCUCUGCAUGGUGAUGGAAUACAGCAAGGAAACCCUGCUGGAUGUCAUUGAGAAUAAGAGGAAGAAAAAAGCGGCCAUAGACACCGGGUGGAUGCAGGACAUUCUUGGCCAGGCCAUGGACGCCCUGGAUUACCUGCACCAGCUGGACAUCAUUCACAGGAACCUCAAACCCUCCAACAUCAUCGUCAUAGGCAACACCCAGUGCAAACUUGAGGACCUCAGCUCCCACACGCUGAUGACCCACGAGGCCAAGUGGAACAUUCGUGCGGAGGAAGACCCCUGUCAGAAGUCGUGGAUGGCCCCCGAAGCCCUCAACUUCUCCUUCAGCCAGAAAUCUGACAUCUGGUCCCUGGGCUGUAUCAUUCUCGAUCUGAUCUCCUGCUCCUUCCUAGAUACCACAGAGGCCAUGAACCUGCGGAAGUCCCUCCACCAGACCGGAGGUAACCUGAAAGACAUUCUGAAAGACAUCUCGGACCGGAAGGUCCCCAGUGCAGAGACCUUCUGCUCCCUUCUGCCACUUAUGCUGCAGAUCAGCCCGUCCAAUCGAAUCUCUAUAAGGCAGGUCAUACACAUCACCUUCGCGGACAGCUCCUCCAGGCCACCCCGAGUCAUGCUGACCCUGCACCAGCAGGUGGUGCCCAUGGCCGUCACUGACAUGCUCUUACAAGGCAACCUGGGCAGCAUUUUAGAGGUCAUGCAGAACUUCUCCAGCAGCCCCGAAGUCCAGUUCAGGGCCAUGAAGAAACUAAUGACAAUGUCGGAUGAUGAGCUAGGCCUGCCAUGGCCCAUGGAGAUGGUGAUGUCAGUGACUGCCAUCAUGAAGCAGCACCAGAGGAUCCUAGAGCUGCAGCUGUGCACCUGGUCCCUACUGCUGCACGUCAUGGGCCAAGCACUGAUGCAAGAUGAUGAGGCACAGGCACCGAAGACGCAGUGGGACAACUCCAUCAUCGUCUACCUGCUGAACACCAUGCGGAGCCACCCCGACUCCGUGCAGCUCAUCACCACAGGCCACAGCAUCCUCACCAUCAUCUCCAGCCAGGGCGCGGUCUCUGAGGAGAUGCAGAAGGCAGGACUGAUUGAGCUGCUCCUGGAGCACCUGAACCGCUACGCAAAGGACAGGGAUGUCUGCCUCCGUGCCCUGGGCCUACUCUGGUCCCUCCUCGUGGACGCUGUCAUUGUGGACAAAGGCCCACUGGACCAGAUCCCUGCCCUGGUCAUCCAGCAACUGGCCACCCACCCUGAGGAUGGGGAGAUGGCCGAGGCAGGCUGCGCGGUGCUCUGGCUGCUGUCCUUAGUCGGUGAGCAGCCGUGGCUGAGGAGGGAGGCUGGCCCCACAAGUCCAGGCACCGAGGCCCACCUGCUCUCUGCAGGCUGCAUCAAGGAGUCGCAGUUUGAGGCCGUGGUGACGCUGUUGCUGCAAAGCAUCCGGCUGUGCCAGGACAGAGUGCUGCUGGUGAACAAUGCCUUCCGGGGCCUGGCCAGCCUCACCAAGAUGUCAGAGCUGGUGGCCUUCCGGGUGGCAGUGCUGGAGGUGGAGGGCAGUGGGCUCUGGCUCCUGCGGGACAUCUACCAGCUCUACAAGGAUGACCCAGAGGUGGUGGAGAACCUGUGCAUGCUGCUGGCCUACCUUGCUUCUUACAAGGAGAUUGUAUCAGAGCUGGAGUCUGGGGGCAUCAGGGCCCUGGCCCAGGAGAUGGUGGAACGUUUCACCUCCAGCCUGGAGCUGGUCGCAUACGCAACCACCGUGCUCCAGAGGCUGGAUGAAGUUAAACCCCAGGUGAAACCCAGUCCCCCCCUCAGGGGAGACAGAGGUCCCCAGGGACCUGCAGGUGGCACCCUCCUCUCAGAAGUAGAACCUCCCUGGGGAGGUUUCGGGGAGGGUCACCAAGCCAGUACACCCCAAUCACACCCUUCAUGACUAAUAAAAACGCCAAGGCUC